AUGGAUACCAGUAUAGUGGAUGAAGCCUCCUCUCCAUCCUCUUCAUCCUGCUUCUCAAAUGAUGAGAUGUACGAUUUCUGCGGCGAAGACACACGCAAGACCUUCACAGGCCACCUCUACUGGAGAUUAAAACACGCCAGAGUCGACGUCUUUAUUGCUGAUGAGAAUAAACUAGGAGGACCAGAAGAACGGAAGAAAGCAAUUGAACAGUCCAGAAUCGCUGUCAUCAUCCUCUCAAGGGAGUAUGCAUUUUCCAUAGGGUGUCUUGUGGAGCUGGAGAAGAUCAUGGAGUGUAGAAGAACACUGGGGCAGAUGGUUUUGCCAAUUUUCUAUCAUGUUGAUCCUAAAGAUGUCGGGAAACAAAUCGAUAGUUUUCUAGUGCGCUGCCAUGGAGUUAAAGAUUGGGAAGAAAUUAUGCAGUCUUGGAGAAAGUCUCUAAUUGAAGCUGCAAAUUUGUCCGGCCUUGGAGUUAAAGAUUGGGAAGAAAUGAUGCAGUCUUGGAGAAAGUCUCUAACUGAAGCUGCAAAUUUGUCCGACCUUGUUUUGAACAGUGAGGGGUGCGGAGGAGAGUUUGUCGGAAAAAUUGUUGGCGAGAUCACCAGAAAACUGAAGAGCGCAUGCGUAGACGUAGCCACCGAACAAGUAGAAUUAGAUUCUAGCAUGCAAGAGAUCAGUAAUGAUGUAAAGGUUCAAGUUGGAAAAGACUCUCGCUUGCAAGAAAUUAGCACUCAUUUAGAUGUUGGAGGCCCAAAAGAUGCUCACAUUCAACUCCAAGGCCCACGGCCCUCCGCUCUCAAAGUCAACAAAGAGUCGGUCAAGAUAAAGAAAUAUAUCCCAUUGACUACAAAAGGGGGUGAUUUGCUGAAGCCGACCAUUGAAGUCAAAGGAGGAGAAGUACGAGAGAAGAUGAAGAGGGUCUUCGGUGUCAAGAAAGAAAAAGAACCUCCGCCGUCUGUUGGAGAUGCCUCCGAAAGGAUUAAUAAAAGAGGCGAAACAGUGGAUGAGAAGAUCAAGAAGCUUGAUAUUGAACUUAAUAGAUACAAAGAGCAGAUCAAGAAGACAAGGCCUGGUCCUGCACAAGAAGCUGUUAAGUCUCGAGCCAUGAGGGUUCUCAAGCAAAAGCGAAUGUAUGAAGGACAGCGUGACAUGCUGUAUAAUCAGACAUUUAACCUUGACCAAGUGGCCUUUGCCUCAGAGGGUAUAAAAGAUGCUCAGCAAACGAUGACAGCUCUGAAAUCUGCCAACAAGGAGCUAAAAGGAAUGAUGAAAACGGUGAAGAUUCAAGAUAUUGAUAAUUUGCAAGAUGAAAUGAUGGACCUGAUGGAUGUAAGCAAUGAAAUUCAAGAGACCCUUGGUAGAAGCUAUAAUGUUCCUGAUGACAUUGAUGAGGAGGAUCUUAUGGGUGAGCUGGAUGCUCUAGAAGCAGACAUGGGUUUGGAAACCGAAGCCGAUGGCGUUCCCUCCUAUCUCCAACCUGAUAAGGAAUCUGAUUUAGAUGCAGAGCUCCACUUGCCUUCAGCACCCAUCGGACAGGCAGCAGCUCCAGCGGGCAGAUCCAAUGCCCAGGCUGAGGACGAAUUGGGUUUACCAGCUGUCCCUCGGGCGUCACUUCGUGGUUAG